CCGUCUGAGGAGAGAGAGAGAGGGAGGGCGGGAGGCAGGGCAGAGUUCCCCAUCGCGGGUGGGCGAUGCCGCUCGGGCUCCUUUUCCAGCUUGCAGAUUCACAACCAGCAUAAUGUUGGUACUCCACAUUCUUAACCAGAAGUGUGCAGAAUGGCGCAGGGAGAAGUUAACCUGGACCACGAUAUACCACUCCUGACCCUUCCACCAUAUUGGGCUAAAACCAUUGUGGGACUUUUUUCCAUUAUCUGCUUUGUGAACAGCUACGAUGGAGAUUUUGUCUUUGAUGACUCUGAAGCUAUAAUCAACAAUAAGGAUCUAAGGGCUGAAACCCCACUUGGUGAUCUGUGGCAUCAUGAUUUUUGGGGGAAUAAACUCAAUAGCAAUACAAGCCACAAAUCUUAUCGACCACUUACUGUACUGACUUUCAGGAUUAAUUACCUUUUAGCUGGAGGCUUCCACCCAUUCGGCUUUCAUAUCAUCAAUAUAAUACUCCAUUGUAUUAUUUCUGUCUUAAUUGUUGAUGUCUUCUCAAUAUUAUUGGGUGGGCUGCACUACACCAAUAAAGGAAGAAGGCUCAACUUUGUCCCCAAAUCCUCCUUCCUAGCGGCUUUGCUGUUUGCCGUACAUCCUGUGCACACUGAAUGUAUUGCAGGGAUCGUUGGCAGAGCAGACCUCUUAUGUGCCCUGUUUUUCCUGUUAUCUUUUCUUGGCUACUGCAAAGCAUUUAAAGAGAAUAAAGAAGGAACCCAGUUCUCCAUCGGUUGGGUUUUGCUGAGUGCACUCCUUGGCACUAUGGCGAUGCUGUGCAAAGAACAAGGAGUCACAGUACUGGGUUUAAAUGCUCUGUUUGAUGCUGUCAUGAUCAACAGGCUCAAUAUUUUGGAAGUUGUUUUGAAGAUACUUCAUAAGGACAAGUCAGUAGAGAACCUAGCGGUGUUUAGAAAAGGACUUCUUUUCAGAAUUACUCUUUUGUUAUCUGGAGGAGCCACUGUUCUAUACGCCCGCUGGCAAAUUAUGGGCACAGGACCUCCAGCAUUUACAGAAGUGGAUAACCCAGCUUCAUUUGCAGCCAGUCCGUUUGUAAGGGCUGUAAAUUAUAAUUACUACUAUUCUCUGAAUGCUUGGCUGUUGCUGUGUCCCUGGUGGCUUUGUUUUGAUUGGUCAAUGGGCUGCGUACCCCUUAUUAAAUCAGUCAGUGACUGGAGAAUAAUUGCUCUGGUGCUUCUUUGGCUGUGCCUAAUUGUGCUGGCGUGUCAAGCUUUGGGCUCGAAAGAUGGCCAGAAGAGAAGAAUCCUUACCCUGGGAUUGGGGUUUCUCAUCAUUCCUUUUCUUCCUGCAAGUAACCUGUUUUUUAGAGUUGGGUUUGUUGUUGCCGAGAGGGUCACCUAUCUCCCCAGUAUUGGUUACUGCAUAUUGAUUACGUAUGGAUUUUGCCUGUUGUGUAAACAAGUUAAGAAUAAGAAAUUGUUGGUUGCGGCUCUGCUGGGCCUCUUACUGAUAAAUGUGUCGCGUUGCAUCGUCCGUAGUAACCAAUGGAGAUCGGAGGAGCAGCUUUUUAGAAGUGCCUUGUCUGUUUGUCCACUGAAUGCCAAAGUCCAUUAUAAUGUUGGCAAAAACUUAGCUGAUAAUGGCAAUCAAAGUGCUGCAAUCAGCUACUACAGAGAGGCUGUAAGAUUGAAUCCUAAAUACGUACACGCUAUGAACAACUUGGGAAAUAUCCUGAAAGAAAAAAAUGAACUUCAUGAAGCUGAAGAACUUCUCUCACUAGCUGUUCAAAUACAGCCUGAUUUUGCAGCAGCCUGGAUGAAUUUAGGGAUAGUGCAGAAUAGCUUAAGAAGGUAUGAAGAAGCAGAGAAAAGCUACUGGACUGCAAUUAGACACAGGAAAAAAUACCCAGAUUGUUACUAUAAUCUAGGACGCUUAUAUGCUGAUCUGAAUCGCCACAUCGAUGCAUUGAAUGCUUGGAGAAACGCCACAGUGUUGAAACCACAACAUAGUUUGGCUUGGAACAACAUGAUUAUAUUGCUCGACAAUACAGGGAACUUGGCACAAGCAGAAACUGUUGGAAGGGAAGCUUUGGAGUUAAUACCAAAUGAUCAUUCUAUUAUGUUUUCGCUGGCAAAUGUACUGGGGAAAUCACAGAAAUAUAAGGAAUCUGAAGCUUUGUUCCACAAGGCAAUUAAAGCCAAUCCAACGGCUGCCAGUUACCAUGGUAAUUUGGCUGUGCUGUACCAUCGCUGGGGAAAUUUUGACUUAGCCAAGAAACACUAUGAAGUCUCUCUGAAGCUUGACCCCACAGCAGCUGGGACCAGGGAAAACUACAGCCUUUUAAAAAAGAAACUGGACCAACUGCAAAACAAAGGGUGAUGCUUGAGGUUUCUUCUCAGGCUUUGAAUGCAGAUUGCAUAUAACGUGGCUACGGAUCACCAGGGAGAGGCAUUGUCACCCAAGACUACAGAACAUAACAACAUCGGCCGUUCUGAAGUUUCUUGAAAUUUAGCCUUAAAAUUUCAAAGGGGGGAAAUAACGUCUUAGUUUAGACUAUUUCAUUUAGAGAAUUAAAAGGGCUUGCUUCUCCUUUUUGCGGUUUGUUUGUUUUCGAAUCAAUGAUAAAAUGAUGAUGAUGAAUAUUUAUACUGAUAUUAAAUCAUUUGCACUGGUAGAGUCCACGUUAAAAUGAAGAGUUGGAGGAUAGUCUUCAGCACAGCCCAUGGACAGAGACCUGUCCCCAGUUUCAGAAAUGGAAAUGGAUGGUAACUGUUAGCUUUCAAUAGGAAUUCCAGUGCAGUCCUGGUACGUGUGGUCCUUGACUUACAACUACAAUUGGGACUGUAAUUUCAGUCCCAAAAGAGAGGCGUUGUUAAGCGAGACAUCCCAUGGCUGGAUUCGAGUUUACAACCGUUUCACCAUGGACAUUAAGCAAGUUACAAAGUCGUUGAGCAAACCUGGCUCCCCGCCCCCCAAUUGACUUGGAUUGUGAGAAGCCAGCUGAGAAGUUAACACGUGAUCGCAAGAAGAUGCAACUGUCAUCAGUGUGCACCAGUUGCCAAGAGCCCAAAUUGCAACCACAUGAUUGCAAAGGUGGUCUGAUGGUCGUAACUUUGAGGGUGGGUCGUAAGUAAGUUUUUUUUCAGGCUGUCAUAUCUUUGAACCGUCUUGAAAUAGACAAUUGUAAGUCAAAGAUUACCUGUAUGAAAGAUGACCUUGUAAUAAGGACAGAACUUGGAGCAGGGAAGAUUGAUUUGUACAUUUGAUGAAGAGAUGAUUUGCUUCGAUAGCACAGAAGUUGAAGUUGCUUUCAUCUGGCCAGGCUUUAAUUGCUGUCCAUGUGUUGUAAAUAAACCUGCUGAAAAGGAGAUAUAGCAGGUGGAGAUUUUUCCACUGCAAGAAUUCUUUGAAUUCAUGCUGCUCCUAGGUUCAGGUUAAAGUCAGUGUUUGACUGGAAUACAAAGGAGGGUUUCCUAUUUUGAAGUUGUAAAAUUGGGAGCAAGAGCUUGUCUGGAAGGUUGCAUAAAUUAUUUCAACACUUCAUUACAACUUCAGACAAAGGGUUUUUUUCCCCUGGGUUUGAUAUGCUGGUGCCCGUUUUGGUGGUCCUAUGAACAGCUUAAAUCCAUACAAUUUCUUGAUGUUUCUUCAUUUCCUCUUGAGUGUAGAGAUGCCAAAAAUAUAUUGCAAGGUCACCUGUUAGUAUUAUAUCUAACUUUGUCUAGUAACUUAAGGAUCAAGAAAUAGUUUGUUCUUCCAUGUCCAUAUUUAUUCUUGGUGGAGUCUAUUUUUCUGUGCUGAAGACAAAGAGAAGGAUAUGCACUGAGCCAAGAUAGUGAAAAAGAAAUAAAUAUGAUAUGCGUAUACUUUAUUCUAGACUCUUAGUCCCCAAUUUCAGCUUCUUCUGAAAGAAGGACCACUAUGGGAAGAGGAGUUUUAAAGGAUUCUUUAGCCUCUUGACUUCUGUAUCAUUUAAUAAAACACACUUUAUUAAAAAUAGAUUCUAUUCAGCAUUGCACUAUUUUAGCCAUCAUGGAUUUUUUUUUAGAUAUUAAUAUUCCAUCCCACGAGAUAAUUAUAGACCAGAGUUCCUCAACCCCUGGUUUACGGACCAGCAGCGGGCCAUGGCACACCAGGAACCAGGCUGUGCAAGCGAGCAAACCUUCAUCUGUGCACCCGCAGGAUCCAAGUAGUGUGUGAAACCACGACCACUCCAGAAAAACCACCCUCCAUGGAACCAGUGCUUGGUGCCCAAAAUGUUGGGGGUCACCUUUGUAGAGAAUAUUUUAAAUAGCUAGAAAGUCCACAUGCCAUAUUCAUUUCAUUAUAGAAGUAGUAGGAAUUGUGGGCUAAGAUUCUGGAAUAAAGUAAGUGUGUUCCGCAUUUAUUUGUCAUUUUCCAUGCUGCCUUCCUUCCUGCUGAUAUGUAUAUCUCCAGACAGUGGUUACAUUAGAUUCAUGCUCAUUCAAUAAGAGCAAUUCGCUGGGAAUGGAAACCUCUGUGUUUUGCAAUGCAUGUAGCUUAAUGCAAUUUUGAGGGUACCAUGAUAUUGUAAUUUUGUUUUUUCAGCUUUAAAUAUGUUCAGGUCCUCAUUUGUUCAAUAUUAGAUGAACAGAUUCAAGAUAGAGAUAUAAUCAUUUCUGAAGUACUUGCAUAUGUUAAGUGACAACUAUGUUUAUUCAAAUUAUGUUCCCAUAUACAUUUCGGUUUAUUUAUGUACAAGUAUUAAGGGUCUCUUGGCCUUCAAAAGUCUAUUCUUUGAAAAAACAUUUAAAAGAAUGAUGUAGAUAUCAGUCUUGUCAGACAAAUAUCUGAUUGGACAAUUGAAAUCAAUGUCACAGGCUGUAAAAGCUUUAUGAUAUUCAAAAAACCCAUUUGGUUAGUGGGUUUUUCCUGACCUACAUCAUUUUAAUAAGGGUUUUGAUUACAAAAUCUUCUAGAUUUUAAAAUUCUCCUAGCAUUUGAUGAUAAUUUAUGGCAAAACUGAAUUUGUUAGAUCAUAAAUAGCAUAAUUUAUUCUGUUAUGGGAACACAGUGGGCAAAGGAAUACUUUUCAAGAUGUUAUAACCACUUUCCAAAAUGAGAGAAAGAGAUUUUCUUAUCAGUUCUUUUCCUAGUAGAGCUGUCUUAGACCAGCCCAUGAGAGCAUCCCAGAUGCUUACUAGAACAGAAACUACAGUAUGUCCCAUUUUGUCAGCCUUACUAGGUGGACCAGAUAAGAAUUACAACAAAAUAAAUAAAUUCUACUCUUUUAUUAACAGAAUCUUGCAAGUUUGAAAGUACCAUUCUCCCACCAUCUCCUUUACAAACCAAAAAAUUAGGGUCUCUUCUGAAUAUCUACUCCUGUCACUAUUCAGCUGGAGACAGUGUUGUCUCUGAUCAUUUCCUAGGUAGCAUUUCUUGGUCAUUUCUUCUAAGGUCUGUCCCACAUAAACUUAGACAUUUAGAGCAAGGAUCUUCAAACUUGGCAAAUUUAAGUCUUGCUGACUUCAACUCCCAGAAUUCCUGAGCUAACAUGACUGGAGGAGGAAUUCUGGAAGUUGAACUCCACAAGUCUUAAAGCUGUCAAGUUUGAAGACCCCUGGUUUAGAGGAUCACUAUAUUAUGAACAAGUAAAACUUGACUUUGGUGAUAAUAUUUAUAACAGGUAAUACAGGAUAUAAGAGCAUGCUCUUUAAAAGAACAAAUCAAGAGAACCAUAGACAUAAUUAUAGAACAAUUGUCAUGAGAGCUAUCCAUUUUCUCUUUUCUAUAUGCUGGUUAUUUCCCUAAUGUCUCCUCUUUCCAAUUGUCUCUCCUGUAAUUUCUUCUCUUCACAUUCUUUCUGCCUACUUAAAUCUAACCCUUUAUUUGCUUUAACUGAAACCAAAUAAGGUAGUACUGUAUUUAUCAUAUCAGUAAUACUUGGAUAUUACUCUGGAUAUUACUGAUAGAAUUGGACAAAAUAUUUCCAGUUUGAGUAGAAAUGGCCUCCAAAUACCUUCUUUCAAUGUGGAAGCAGUUGUUUUGAGAUCACACAAGGUCUUCCAACUUUGUGGGAAAUUUUUCAAGUCCCGUUUGAAGCUCAAAAUCUCUGGGCCAAAUUUGAAAUAAUUUCCUAUAGGUUCCAGACAGCCCAUGUCAAAUUCAGAACAAAUAUUUCAAACACAGCAGGGAGUUUCAAGCUUAAAUUAUUUCUAAUCUUGAGACAUUUUUGCACAACCCUAAUUGCUGGUCACUGCAUCAUUGCUUUGCAUUUUGUGUUCUGAAUUAGAAAAUCAAGACAUUAUAAGGUGAAACUUAUUUUAAAUUUGUCGGUUUAAAUUUUUUAAUAUUUUACUCUUUCUUUAUAUUAACAAAAGUAUAUUUUCUUUUUUAAAAAAAAUUACCAAUUAGUUAAAUUACUGCCCCAAAUCAUUUAAAAUUCUUGUAAAUCCUUGUAGAAGUUUCUUGUAGACGUUUACAUAAAAAUAUUGAAUUCAGUAUGCUUGAAAUUAUAGGUCUUUGCAAAAACUAAUUUCAACCAGCACAAUAGGAUAAAAUUGGUUCCCUGUGUAAUGUGAGAUGAGGCAGUUGAGUUAAUCCAAACCAUGAUUCAGUUAAUCAGCAUUAGCAUGUGAUACAACUCAGACCAAGAAUAAACCAGCAGGGAGCUGGAUCAGCGGUUAAUUCCUUUUCUAAUAUCGUUGUAAAAUGCAUGUGGUUACAAACGUUGGUUACUCAAAGUGACAUUUUUAAUGUGUGCUUGUUGGUUUGCAUGUGUACAUAUGGGUUUUUAGAUGAGAUGCAAAUGAUUUUCCUUUUGAAAAUAAUAAGUAUUAAAACUAAUAAUUUAUUUUGGA